GAAACGACUCGUCUGCUCCAUGGCAACGGUAAAAGACCGCUCAAGCCAACACUGAAUUUGUUAUUUCCCUAACAUAACAUGGGUAAAAAGAUUAAAAAAGACGACAAAUCCCCACCAUCUGACGUUUUUGAACCUGUCCAAGUAGACGCAAAGGAAGCCAAGACAGGUGUUUUGCUUUUAAAAUCAGAAGAAGAAGAUGUUGUUGCUAAAGCUGCCCUUUCUCUGUAUAAAUUUGCGGAUAAAAGCGAAGAAAAUAAAGCUACACUACUUGAAUUAAGUGCAGCUGAGGAACUAUUAAAGUUGAUCAGUCAUAUAGAUCCGAUAGUUAAGAGGAAUAGUAUGAUGGCUUUAGGAACUAUGGCUGCUCAUCCAAAUGUUCGGAGAUAUCUUCGUCAAACUGAAGGAGCUACAUCUACCAUUGUCAAUCUUUUAUCUCCCGAAGAAUCUAUUGUGGUACAUGAAUUUGCAUCUCUGUGCUUAUGUGCGAUGUCGCAGGAAUAUACAUCAAAAGCUGAAAUUAUUAAAAGUGGAGGAAUAGAACAUUUAGUUCGCCUUUUGGGAGUUUCUGAUCCUGAUGUAAUAAAAAAUUCCAUUGAAACUCUGACCCUUCUUCUUCAGGACUACAGUGCCACUUCAUUAAUAAGAGAAGCAGGAGGUUUACCUGCUCUAUUGGAACUUUUAAAAUCAGAAUAUCCCGUAAUUCAGCAUUUCUCUCUUGUUGCUAUUGAGAGAGUUUCCGCCGAGGCAACUAGUAGAGCUGAAUUAAGAGAAUUAGAAGCUCCUAGUCUCCUCGUUAACUUAGUUGGAAUUCCCGAUCUAAGCGAUCUUCAUGUGUUUGCUAUUUCGGCUCUUUCAGUCCUUCUUAUUGAUACCGAGACAGCAACAAAAAUGCUGGAAAACAAUGCCUUAAGAAGACUUUUAGCUUUUAUUGAAGAUACUAACGCUCCGGAAGAUGAAAGCGGUGGAAAAGAGAGUGGGAAAGGCAAGAAAGGAGGUAAAGCUUCGGAUGGCAGAUCUAGUAAGAAAGGAAAAAAGAAAGACAAGGACAGAGCAGAUUCUGCCCUCCCACCAUCGGCCACUCAGCCAGUUAUACCGACAUUGCCGCAUGUAAAAGAACAUGCAGCUAGAGCAAUCGCUCGAUCUGCUCAGUCAGAUGCUGAUAUAAGAAGGAUUCUCCACGAAGCUCAAGUUGAGAAAUUGUUUAUAACACUAUUAACCAAUGAAGUUUGGUCGGUUCAAGUGGCAGGUGCUCAAGGUUUAUCGGCGAUCUCAGAAUCAGUAAUUUCAAGACAAUCGGCUGGUGAAUUUGGAGCUAUCGAAAUUUUGUGCAAAUUACUAGCAAACGAAAAGAAUGAGGUUAGAGAAGCUUCGGCAACUGCACUCUCCCGUCUAACUUUAUCUGUUCCGGCCAAUUGCUCUAUUGUUGCUAAGCAUGGAAUCGAUAAUCUUAUUAAACUACUUCUGGACGAUAGUUCUACUGAAACAACUCUUUGUAGCGCUUGCGUUACAAUGACAAACUUAUCUAAAGACGAAAAGUCUCGAAGCGAUAUGACUUCACAUGGAGCAAUUGGAGCCUUGAUAAAAAGAUUGAAAUCGCCGUCAUGUUCUGUUCAGAAUCGGGUUGCUCAUUGUUUGGCAGCUCUUUGUACUGACUUUGAUGCACGAGAAAAAUUCAAAGAAGAAGAUGGCUUUGAAUCUCUUCAACAACUCCUCUAUUCUAAUGAUGAUGAUGUCAGAAGGUCAGUAAGCUGGGCAGUUUCGGUUUUGGCUCAAGAUGAUGAAUGUGCAAAUACUUUUGGAGGUUUAGGAACAGUAGAUACUCUACAAGAUAUGCUAGAAUCAAAGACGAGAAAGAACGCUUUUACACAAGCAGCUUUGGACGGCCUCUUGCGACGUCAUCUUCCUGCUAAAUGGGCUUUAAAUAAUCGCCUUGAUUUUAAUGAUACAAUAAUCGAUGGCUUCUACGAUGUUGGUAAAAAAGCAAAAAAUUCAAGAAAGUUAUGUCCUCCCCUUAGUUUCUUUUUGCGCGAACCAGUUCUUGCUGAAAACAAACCGAUAAUUUUAAUAAAUGCAGUUCCUGCAAAGCCUCCAACUCCCCCUCCAGUAGUUGAAGAAACUCCAGAAAAAGGUUCCUCUAAGGGAAGGAAGAAGGAAUCAAGAUCGUCAAAGGGUAAACAAAAGGCACAAAAAGAGAAGGAAGAAGAGCAAGAAGAACCAUCUCCGGAAGUAAGAAGUAUAGUUUCAUCCUCUGAUCCAGAGAUUCCGGGAGAUGAUCGCUUAUGCGACUAUUUGAGACAUGUUCAAGAACGAAUAAACCCGUUACCUACCACAAAAGAUCAGGUUACAGCUUUGGCUAGGUAUGUUGCCGAUUGUAUGGGAGGAGCGACAGAUAAUGUAGAUAAUAUUCCUUGGGAGUUAUCAAUCAAUACUUUAAGGCAGAACCUUCAAUCAAACAUCAUUCCGAUAGGACUAAUUCAAAAAGGAAUAUUUCAUCACAGAGCUCUCUUAUUUAAAGUAUUAGCAGAUCGUCUUGGAAUAAAAACGUCGUUACAUAGAGCUGACUACAACAGAGCUUGGAACGAAGUGGCACUAGUAGAAGACGAAAAUGGAAAGUACCCUCCAGUCUUAUUUAUGGUAGAUUUGAUUACACUUCCAGGUAGGUUAAUGAGAUACGAUUCAUUGGAAGCUCGAGACUACAUAUCUCUACCGAGUGCUUUAAAAAGUAACUGACUCACUGAUGCAUUAACUUUUUAAUUAUUAAUAAUAAAAGUAUAAUAAUUAAAUACAGAUAUGAUAAAACACAAAUUUUUUAAAUUCUAUCAAG